UGUUGAGCUAACUGUUUCCUCUGAAUAUUAAAUUGCAGCCCUGCAAAGAUGAAUCAUGGGUUGCACUACAUAAUUUCAAGUUUCCUUCCGAAUAUCUAAUGCCAAUUUUCACUCUACAGUUUGAGAAGUGGUUAUCUUUUGAUACCAAUCCACUCUAUGCUCUUAUGCAUGAAUCCAUCUAUUGUCAGGGUUAUGCUAGUAAAUGGUAUGCCAAUAGUAUAAGGAGUGAAGUUGAAGACAUGUUUGAUGCAAUUAGAGCUACCAUUAGAGCUACCAAAGAAGGACUCCCUGUGCUUUUUUUUACAGAAGAGAUGAUUUUCCUAUGGAUGUUUAAUGAGAUUCAUGCAUUGAAGCCAUUCAAAGAUGCAGCUCAUAUAUUGGCAGAGAAGAAAGACUGGCCCCCUCUAUAUGACGUUCAGGUUUUGAAUAAAAAUGUGAAAUCCCUAACCAGGGUCCAAACAAUUUUUGUAAAAAAGUGAAAACUAGAGCAUAAGUCAUCCACCCAGUAGGGUCUAGGGUGAACACUUGCAUACAACCUUAACCCCACUAGCAGAGAGGUUGCUUAUAGGAUUUGAACCUAUGACCUUUAUGUAACAAGGU